AAAAGAAGUAGUGAGAUUUAUUUAUGGACAUACUUGGGUGUUGGAUUUAAUGAGAUCAUUUACAAAUAAUCAUGACCUUCUUCGUCCUGCUGUUACUCGCUUUGCUACGGCUUAUCUCACACUUCAAAGCAUCCAAAAGAAAAAACAAGGUCUUAGAUCUAUGUUUUCUUCCGAAGCUUGGAAUAAAUCCGCUUAGUCUGAGAAACAUGAAGGGGUUAAAACAAGAUCUACAAUUUUGUAUCAUCAAAAUUUUUGGACAUAUAUUGCUUAUUGUGUGAAAUGUGUUGCUCCUUUGGUUAGUGUUUUGAGGGAAGUAGAUUCAGAGGAAAAACCAUGCAUGGGGCAUUUGUAUGAUUUGAUGAAUAAGGCUAAGGAAAAUAUAUCUAUAAAUUUUGGAUAUAAUGAAAAAAAGUAUGGUCCCAUUUCGAAUAGAAUUGAUGAAAGAUGGACUCGCCAACUCAAUCGUCCACUUCAUGUUGUUGGAUAUUAUUUGAAUCCCCAAUUAUGAUUUGAGGAAAGAUUUUCUCUUGAUUUUGAAGUGAAAAACAAUUGUACAUGUGCAUGGAAAGAAUGUUGGAUUAUGAAGAAAGAUUCAAAGUGGAUAUUCAAUUAGAUUCAUAUGACCAGUUGAAAGGAGAAUUUGGAUUUCAAAUAGCUAUGGAUUCUAGAAAAUUGAGAUCUCCGACAGAUUGGUGGAUGCGCUUUGGAGGCCAGACUCCGGACUUGACUAAAUUUGCAGUUCGUGUCUUGAGUCUCACGUGCAGCUCCUUGGGUUCUGAAAGAAAUUGGAGUACCUUUGAGUCGAUCCAUACCAAAAAGAGAAAUAGACUUGAGCAUCAUAGGCUAAAUGCUCUUGUUUAUGUAAGAUACAACACUAGACUAAGAGAAAGGAGCAUCAAAAGAAAAUUGCAAAAAGUGGAUCCAGUUCUUGUUAAUGAAAUUGAUUCUGAUGGUGAAUGGAUUAAUGAGAAAGAAGAUCCUCUGCUUCCUGAAGACCCUUCUUGGCUUGAUGAAGAGAAUUUAUUGAUGUUGAUGUUGUUAGAAAUGUGCCGCUUACACCAUAUGAGAAUGAUCUUUUACAUGAACCGAAUAUUGGUAGUUUAAGAGAUAUAAGUGAAGUAGGUCCCUCCGCAAAAA